AUGACCGGGGUGUUUGAGAACUUGAAUACCGAUAUGCAUUCGAACCAGAUUACCUCAGGCAAUUACCACAGCUUGCACAAGUCGCAGGAGUCCCCGACCCUGCCGGUGUCCACGGCGACGGACAGCAGCUACUACAACAGCCAGCAGCCGGGUCACUGCGGCUCUCCCUUCGGCCAGCUCGGCUCCUACCAGUACCACGGCGGCGCCACCAGCACCGUGCCAUACAACGCAAAGGCUUACGACCUCGGUUUCAACGCAACAUACGGUGCCUACAGCGCAUACGGCUCCAACCCCUCUCCUACUCCAGCCGACACAGAGAAAGAAGAGAGCGAGCCAGAAAUCCGGAUGGUUAAUGGAAAACCAAAGAAGGUCAGGAAGCCACGAACCAUUUAUUCCAGCUUCCAACUGGCUGCACUUCAACGGAGGUUUCAAAAGACGCAGUAUUUGGCUCUACCGGAACGGGCCGAGCUGGCAGCCUCGAUGGGCCUAACGCAAACACAGAUCAAAAUCUGGUUCCAAAACCGUCGCUCCAAGUUCAAGAAGUUGUGGAAAAGUGGAGAAAUCCCCCCAGAGCAACACGUUGCCUCCAGCGAGUCCCCCCCGUGCGCGUCUCCGCCAACUUCUGCCUGGGACUUUCCACAGACUCAGAGAAUGAACAUUGUCAACUCCAGUUUACCUCAGAGCUGCAGCCCUCCCAACACGACUGCAACUUCGUCCUUUUUGGCGAACUACUCCUGGUACUCAGGCACGAACUCUACGGUGCAUCUGCAGCCUCCUCUGGUCCAGCACCACCACAACUCCGCCAUAAGCGCUGGGACGAUAUUCUGA